GCGUGGGGGUCGGUGGCUGCAGGGCGGGCGGGGCGCCGGCCGCGGGGCCCGUGCCGGGGGGAGCGAGCGAGCGGAGGCGCCGAGGAACCGAUUCACUCGCUGGGGAGACCUAUGGGCCGAAGCCGAGUAAAUGCGUUUUAAGCAGGGGCCUCGGCUCCGCAACUGCCACUCCUCCUCGGGGUGUUGCACAAGUUUCGAGGUCACCGGCGACCCCCCCUAGCAGCGCACCUGGCACUGGCCCCCACACGGAGGACGGGGCUUGUGUGUUGCAUACUUUCUAAGGCGGCGGCGGCGGCUCCAUCAAGCCGGUGGGCUCCUCCUGGGCAUGGAGGGCUACCUGAGUGAAUCGGACUUCGUGAUGGUGGAGGAGGGCUUCAGCACCGGAGACCUGCUGGAGGAGCUCACUCUGGGGGCCUCGCAGGCCACCGCGGGUAAGGUUGCUGCCUUCUUCGUGGCUGACCUGGGCGCCAUAGUGAGGAAGCACCUCUGCUUUCUGAAGUGCCUGCCGCGAGUUCGGCCCUUUUAUGCAGUCAAGUGCAACAGCAGCCUGGGCGUGCUGAAGGUCCUGGCCGAGCUGGGUCUGGGCUUCAGCUGUGCCAACAAGGCAGAGAUGGAGUUGGUCCAGCAUAUUGGUGUCCCUGCCAGUAAGAUCAUCUACGCCAACCCCUGUAAGCAAAUUGCACAGAUCAAGUAUGCUGCCAAGCAUGGGGUCCAGCUGCUGAGCUUUGACAACGAGAUGGAGCUGGCAAAGGUGGUAAAGAGCCACCCCAGUGCCAAGAUGGUUCUGUGCAUUGCCACCAAUGACUCCCACUCCCUGAGCCGCCUGAGCCUUGCAUUUGGGGCAUCGCUGAAAUCCUGCAGACACCUGCUUGAAGAUGCCAAGAAGAACCAUGUGGAGGUAGUAGGUGUGAGUUUUCACAUUGGCAGUGGCUGCCCUGACCCUCAGGCCUAUGCUCAGUCCAUCGCAGAUGCCCGGCUUGUGUUUGAAAUGGGUGCCGAGCUGGGUCAUGGGAUGCACAUCCUGGACCUUGGUGGUGGUUUCCCCGGAGCAGAGGGGGCCAAAGUGAGAUUCGAAGAGAUCGCCUCUGUGAUUAACUCAGCUUUGGACCUAUACUUCCCGGAAGGCUGUGGUGUGGACAUCCUUGCCAAGCUGGGGCGCUACUACGUGACCUCAGCUUUCACCUUGGCAGUCAGCAUCAUCGCCAAGAAGGAGGUUCUUCUGGAACAGCCUGGCAGGGAGGAGGAAAAUGGCUCUGCCAGCAAGACCAUCAUGUACCACCUCCACGAGGGCGUGUAUGGGAGCUUCAGCUCAGUCCUGUUUGACAACACCUGCCCCACCCCCAUCCUGCAGAAGAAACCAUCCUCGGAGCAGCCCUUGUACAGCAGCAGCCUGUGGGGCCCAGCGGCCGACGGCUGCGACUGCGUAGCUGAGGGCCUGUGGCUGCCGCCACUACAUGUUGGGGACUGGCUGGUCUUUGAAAACAUGGGCGCUUACACCACGGGCACAGGUUCCCUCAUCAGGGGCGCCCAGGCCUGCAGUGUCACCUAUGCCAUGUCUAGGGUGGCCUGGGAAGCCCUUCGAGGGCAGCUGCUGCCUGCAGAACAGGAUGAGGAUGCUGAGGGCGUGUGCAAGCCUCUGUCCUGCGGCUGGGAGAUCACAGACACCUUGUGCGUGGGCCCUGUCUUCACCCCGGCAAGCAUCAUGUGAGCGGGCCCUGUUCCCCCCCGAAGAACCCCAGCGGGGCCGCAGAGAUGCUUCUGGGAGAAGUGGGGAAGGUGGCACACAAGAGUACCCUCUGGCCAGGACUCUGGUGUUGCUCUGCUGCCCCCCACACUCCACCUGUAGUGUUUCUGCCCUGUAAAUAGGACCAGUCUUACACUCACUGUAGUUAAAGUAUGCAACAUAAAUCCUGUCCCUUCUAGCUGUGUCUGCCUCCUCUGCAGGGCAAGGGGCCUGGUCAGCCAGGUGUGGGGGUGUUCUUGGGGUCUCCCUUGGUCUCCUUCCCACCUUUAUAAAUAUGAACCAAAUAAAUAUUUAGGUUU